UGCUUCUUGUUUUUCUUUCUCUCCUCCGCCUCUACUCCCUCCUACCAGGUUCCCUCGGCUUCGUCCCCCAGCAGCCGCGUGCACACCCUCCAUAUCUCGUGCUAGGUACUACUGUACACAGUAGCACCCGCCAUCUCCACUUUGCAAGUUUUGGGCCGAAAGCCUGUCUCUCGGUUCUAGGUUCCAGCGCGAGACCCUCUUUCUAUGCCGGGGCAACCCUGAGCUCCAAUCUGGGAAAGUUGGCUCCUGGUUCUUCCCGGUCUGUGUUUUUUCUUUCCUUCGGGUUCUCCUCUCUUGGCUGGGUCCGUCGAUGCAUGGCUGCGUCUUUCACUCGCUCUUGCGCCUUGCUUUCUUGGUUUCUGCUCUGGUCUCCUCCCUUCUGUCCCGCGCAGUCGACCACCACCACCAACAUCACACCUCACCUCACACUCGCUUCUCUUCCUACUCCUCACCCCUCACGCAGUGCUCCUUUCACGGGCUUCUCCUUCCACGCCACCACCCUUCGACUCGACUUGCACCUGCACGACCCCGUCCCAGUGAGUCAGGCUGCUCAACAACUGUCUGCUCGACAGCGUGCCGAACAAGAGACAACCGGUCUUUGUCUCUGCCCGAGAGCUUCACGACCACAGGCCCUUCAUUAGGUCGACCCGGCAGAUCUGCACCGGACUUACGACGCC